CAGAUAUUGAAUAGAGACAGGCAUGAACAGGUUCACUAUGGAAACUUUAAGGGAUUCCUCAACUAUGCACUGAAUAUUUCCAACGUGCUGGCCUCAUUUAACGUCAAGAAUUUUGCGGAGUGUUCCCUUGAGUGCAUCAUCAGUGCGUCGUGCUAUUCAUUUAAUAUAGCCAUUUGGCCUUUGAGGAAAUCAAACAGGUUUGUCUGUCGUCUGCUGGCCUCAGACAAAUAUAAUGAUUCCAGUAGUUUUGUGGCAAGCCAGGAAUUUCACCACUACGCCAUUGUGGUAAGUUUUCAUUAACAGUUCCAAACUAUAUACAACGAACAAGAGAGUUAUGAAGUACUUUAGAUUUAGAGGGAUAAGUUCAAACUAAGUUGUCCCUCAGUUUUUAGUUUGUUCUAUGUUUAGAGAAUAACCUUGUUAUACUAGAUAGUGUUUGUUUAUAGUAAGCCUCCAGUACAUUGUAGCUAUUCAGUCACACAAUUUUUUCUAUUUUUUUUCUGGUUGAUUACGGUGUUUUAGUUUUAGUCUAUUUUACGGUCUCAUGGCAGCAAUGUUUUCACUUGUUUAAUAAUGAAUUACAAAGAAGUAUUACCAUAACACUUAGCUCUCCCGUUUACCUUUGUUUUGGCUGAGUCUAUCAAUUAAAUAAUAUGUCUCCUAAUGUGUCGCCGGCGGUAGUUUAUUCAUGAUCAGAUUUAGUGCUAUAAAGAAGCUAAAGUUAGGUGUAAAACUACCUGCUUCCUUAGAAAAGAUUAAGGAACUUAACUUAAAUUCUGCUCUCUGUAAAUUAUCUUUUUUAUUCUACUUUGUAUCAUGUAGUUGUUAAGACGCCCUGCUAGGGGGCGUCUUGUUAUCCCUUAUCCCUGUAACUCUUAGAACAGAUUUCCCUUAUUUCCUAAAAAUUGCACUAAUGUUUUCCCUAAAAGUCAGGGAACGCGCAGGGAGGGGUGUCGUGUGCUGUGUGUGUGUGUGGGGAGGACUUGCCCUCCCCCCACACUUUUUGUGCGAAAUAACAAUAAAGAAAAAUGUUCGCCAAAACGUUUCGGUACAUUUAUGCUAGCUAGAGAAUAAAGAAGUUGUAACUGUUGCUCAGAAAAAGAUGCAAUAAUUAUUGCAAUUGCUAUGGCAGAGGCGCAAUGUAAAGGCCCGAUUGCUUCCUGAGGUGACUUUGUGCGCGUGUAGACCAGAGGCAAUUUCAUAAAGACUCUUGCGCAAGAGCUUGGAAAGACAGAGCCAAGACGAUAAGUGCCUUCAUUUCAAAAGCGUUCAGAAGUCGCUGCAUAACGAUAACAAAAAUUGCGACAAAUUUGCCAAAAACCUUGCGCCUAAAAUCGUCGCUACAUGAGCCGCUAAAGCUUUUCUUUAAAAUUAAAGUCGCGCAAAAUUGCUCUUCACAGAGCCACUUAACGUUCGCCCGCUGAGCAGAGAUUACUUUGUCUAGAUAUGAGUUGACUUUGCUCGCAGGGUAUUUGAGUAAAGGACCUCUCGCGGAAAAAUAUUUUGCAUAAAACACUGAGUCUUAAGGCGCCCUUGUAAAAUGACUUAACAACGCGGUAGGGUCCUACAAUGGGUGUAACGUUUGGGUGCUUUCAGUCAAUACCACACAAGUGAUGAAGUUUAAUUGCAUUCGUUUGUUAAUCGUACCUUAUAUCUGUUAUCAAGACAAUCGUUGAAAAUUGCCCAACACGAGGAAAUUGAGUGACUAGUACAGAUCAGUUCAGUUUUGAAUUGAAUACUAGAUCAUUACAAGCCGGUUUCCUCCAUUUACCGCUUUAGUGUUCAAUUUUUUUUUUUGUGACUUCCAGAGGUCAGUUGUACAAAGCCUGACGUCAGACUUAACUGCCAACUCUCGGCUUUUCCUGAUCUCGACGACACAAAAAGUAGACAAGAUGACAUGACUAAUCGGCAAAACAACAGAACAAGUAGACAAGGCGACAUAAAAAAUAUACAUCGAGUUAUUUUUGACCCUGACUACCGCUCCACAGCACCAGGGUUAUCCUCCCUCCUUGUAAACAGGGCCAAGGGUGAAAACGGUGCUUUCAUGUUGGUAUAACAGCAGUUUUAAAAAUCUCGAAUUUUCAACACCUUGUCAGCUGGGAAUGAAUUAUAGUUCAAUAAAUUACAUACUUAUAUCAAAGCCUAACUCGACCAGGCUUGCAAAAAAUAAAUGUAUACAUCAUAAAUGAAAAUAAUUCUUCAAAAUUGUAACAUCACUUAGCUAGAUCAUAUUUGCCCUAUACAAGGGAAAGAAGGAAACAGAGUAACAAGGUUACAAGGUAAUAAAGUGACAAGGUAACAGAGUAACAAGGUGACAGGGUAACAAGGUAGCAAGGUAACAGGGUAACGAGGUAAAAGGAUAACAAGGUAAAAAGGUAACAAGGUAACAGAGUAACGAGGUAACAAUGUAGCAGAGUAACAAGGUAACAAGGUACUAAAGUAACAGAGUAACAAGGUAACAGAGAAACAAGGUAAGAGGGUGACAAGGUAACAGAGUAAAAGGGUAACAAGGUAAGAGGUUAACAAGGUAACAUAGUAAGAAGGUAAUAGGGUGACAGAGUACCAAGGUAACAGGGUAACAAGGUAAGAGGGUAACAAGGUAACAGAGUAACGGGGUAACAGGGUAACAGGGUAAGAGGGUAACAAGGUAACAGAGUAACAAGGUGACAGGCUAACAAGGUAACAAGCUAACAGAGUAACAUGGUAACAAGGUAACAAGGUAAGAGAGUAACAGAGUAACGAGGUAACAAGUUAGCAGAGCAACAAGGUAACAAGGUAACAAGGUAAGAGAGUAACAGAGUAACGAGGUAACGAUUUAGCAGAGCAACAAGGUAACAAGGUAACAAGGUAACAGAGUAACAAGGUAACAAUCUAACAGAGUAACAUGGUAACACAGUAGUAAGAGUGAGUUACAAAACCUAGUAAUAAGAGUAAGGUCGAAAACAUUAGAAACAUUAAGCAAUCAACAAUGAGAGAACGGGUUUAAGUGAAAUAGGUAAAGUCGGUACAAUCUAUGUCCUCAUGCAUACAUGAAGUACCUAACUGUUCAAAUGAUGGCAGGCUCAAGUUUAUUUUAUUUAAAAUUCAUAUGGCAUAUGUUGUGUUUAUGUCACUAUGGCCCCGCACUAUUAAGAUUUUGACUCAAGCUGACCUCGCACGCUAAAAGGCAGCCAGUUAUUUAAAAAUACCGGCAAGGAAGACCUUUUCUUACCAUGGUCACUCUUUGGUUACCUUCUACGUGCAAUUUUUAUGCUCUGAUUGGUUAAAAUUUGACAGGUGAGUUCAUGCGGAAAUUUAUGCAGCAUCUUGAAACUUGUUUAACUUGGUCACUGAAGCUGACAGAGUUUUGUGCCAGUUUGUGAUGUUUUUAAGUAAACUGUCUUUUUCCACUGGAUGUAAAAAAUGAAAUAUAGCUGCUGUCAAGAGUCUUCUGUUAUUUAUUGGGUUUUUGGGUAAGAAAUGCGACGCCUAUCAAAGUUGGAAAUCCGAUUUCGCAUGGCAUCAUUUUUGUUUCUCACCUUGCUUGAUACGUAAAAGGGUUUAAAAGUCUCAAGCGAUUCUCGCCUUACUUGAUAGCUUUCAGGAGCUGCAUCUCGAAUGGUAAGCCUAACUAAUUAUUGUAUUUGAUGUUUGCUUUUUAUAUCUAAUAAUAUACACGAAAAAAUUACUCUACUCUUAUUGGCUGAGAAAGGAGUGCAGUUCUUCUGUAACACGAGUGCAAAUUACAAAUCGUUUCUGAUUGGCUGAAAACACAAAAGAUUCCAACGAGAGCCAAUCAGAUAAGAACUGUAUUAACAACAAAAUUUAAGAAAAUGGCCGUGGUUUUCAGCAAUUAACGAUUUGAUUUUGCAUUAAAAAACAACAAUAGAACAGUUAAAAAAUAUUCCAAAAACCGGAACAAAGUAGAAAGUAUGUCUUUCUGGCUAAAUGUAUUGAAAAUGUGGUGCUAAGAGAAAAAAUACUGUCAAAAAAACCGAGGAAAAUGAACCAGAGAAACUAAAAUUGCUACUUAAAACAAAAGUAAAAAAAAAUAAAAAAAUAAAAAAAUAAAAACGAAAGAACAAAAACGGUGACAACCACAUGCAAGUUAUGACACCUACACUUGUUAGGCAAUACAUGAACAAAGAUACAAGUUUUCCAUCAUAACAACAAGGUUUCAAGCCACGUGUGUUGUUCUUGGAGGAGAAAGGUGUCCGCUUGAUCUCUUUAAGUUUUUUGUAGAGCAAAAACCUCUAUGAAAACAAUAUACGAUGGUCUGGUUCUUUGUACCACAGUAGCAAACGAAACCGAAAAUUUAAUGACAAACAUCUGGUUCAAACUAAACCAAAGGGCGAAAAUACCAUAAGUAACAAUGAAAACAAUCCAUUGCUGGUAUUAGCCUUGAAGUAAGUGAGAAAAAAGUUUACGAAUCACAGUGCAAGAAAAACACUAACAGUCAGCUAGCUGAAGAAAGCAAAAAUUGUACGCUCAGAUUUCGCGAAAGUCACAGACCACAGAUCAGAAGUAUAAAUUUCCUCAACGACUACGAUGAAGUCGACGAAGAAGAGCGACGACGGCUCUCUCUUGCAAAAUCCAAAUAAAAUUUUGAGAAAAAGCAAAUGGCAGUUGGUAGUUUCCGACAUCGCAACAACUGUGGCUCCACGACAGCGUCAAAAGAAAACAAAUUGCCUCCUUCAUUUUCGGGUUUCAAAUGUCAAAGAUUUCUUCAUGAAUCCAGCCAUGAUGGGGUCUCGGGAACAGACAAUGAUGAACAGUCGUUAAACAACUCAGCAAGUGUCUUUCAUCUUUGGCUGCUCGGAGCGAUUUCCUGAUUUCAAAACGGCAGCAUACUUCUUGUAUCUAAACGCCGAGCUUUCAUAAUCGAGGACUGCUGAUUCUAAAAUUAAACCACUAACUUUUGCUGAUUAUUGUAAACGAAGUUAUCUUUAACAGGCUGGUGUAAAAUCAAUCCUUGGACAUUUCCAUGUUCUUUGCUGGAUGAUUUUUAAAGCGUUGGUCUU